AUGGCGGUGCCUCUUUCGACCCCGCCGCCCAAUAAGCGGCUUUUCGAUCCGGAUGCCACUAUUGUGCUGGUCGGCUGCCGCGGUGCUGGUAAGCGGACGCUUGGCUUCAUCGGGGCCAUGCACCUGCGGCGACGGCUCAUCACCGAGGACCACUACUUUGAGCAGGUCACGGGUGUCUCGCGCGGCCAUUUUCUGGCCCGCCACGGCGGCGAGGCCUUUGCGCAGCGCAAUGCAGAGGUGUUCCGGCAGAUGCUCGACGCCAACCCCCGACGAUGCAUCAUCGAGUGUGGUAUGAGCAGUCUGGCCAAGGACGCGCAAGUCGCAUUGCGCGCAUACGGCGAAACACAUCCCAUCAUCUACGUGCACCGGGAGCGCGAACAGAUCCUGCGGUUUCUCGACGCGGCCGACGCAGACCAGCUCCUUCGCGCCGACCAGAGCCACCGCCAAUGCGCCAACCUCGAGUACUACAACCUUUACGAUCCGUACCGUGGCCGGUCUUCGACGACCGGCAGCAAUGGCGAAUCUGGCGAAUCUGCCGUGAACACCAGUGGCACGAACAGCCCUUGGGACCCAUAUCAGCCAAACAGCAACGGUAGUGGUGCUGUGAGCGGCAAGAACAGCCCGCUCGCCGGUUCAUCGUCACGUCUAUUCUACGCCAAGGAAGACUUCACGCGCUUCCUCGACUUGCUCCAGGAGCAGCCCUGGCGAAAACAAUGGGCUGAGAGCCCAUUUUCGAUUAAUGCACUCCCACCCGAAUUCCGCGCCUACUCCUACACACUACGCCUCCGGCUGUCCGACCUACUCGACAUGGAUAUGGAAUGGGAGGAAUUCGAAGCUCGCGGCGACUGCGUGGAGCUGAUCAUUGACCAUUGGCCAGAUGAUUUGCUGAGUGUCAUUGCCCGGCAAGUCGCUCUGAUUCGCCGUAAGCUUGCCGUUCCUAUCAUCUACAAUGUCGAAGAGAAGCCGCGCGAGGAGCGCAGCAGGCCGCCGGAGGAGCGUGACCGUGUAGACACGGAGCUGCUCGAGCUCGGCCUCCGGCUCAAUGUCGAGUACCUCAGUCUUGACCUUCAACGAAACAACGACCUUGUACAACACGUUCUUGCCCGGCGGGGCCGCACAAGCAUCAUCGGCAACUUCUGGUACCCAGGUCUGACAUCCCCACAAUGGUCAUCGUUCAGCCUCGUCCAGGACUACGAACGGGCCAAGCGUCUGAACUGUAACGUCGUGCGCAUUGUACGCUUCUGUACGGGCGGCGGCUCGCCGGACGAACCCCUCGCAUUCAAGAGCCGGAUUGCUCAAACAGUGCCCAAUCCUAAACCGCCACUCGUGGCGUACGACUACUCCUUGCUUGGUGUUCGCUUGCCGCUGCAGGGCCGCAUUCUUAACCCGGUCAAACAUCCCAAUCUGCCGAACCGCCGCGAUCACUUGGCGUCUGUCGCAACCAACCAGUCGGCCAUGCUAAUGCAGUUUCAACUUGGCAAAGCGGACGCGCUCAAUUUUUACACCAUCGGCUCUCAUAUCGCCUACUCCAUCACACCGGCACUACACACUGCGGCGUAUUCGUUCUGGAGCAUGUCUCACAAGUUUCAAGCUGUCGAGUGUAGCACGAUUGAUGACCUAAAGAACUUGUUUUUGUCAAUGACGAGCAGCGGCAACAGCACCUUCGGCGGUGCAACACUGGCCUCGCCGUUCAAGAUUACAAUUCGGCCGUAUCUCAAGCUGGAGAGCAAGCACGCGUCCGCCAUUGGCGCUGUAAACGUCAUUCUGCCCAUGCGUGGCCACAGCGACGCCGUCAUCGAUCACGUCAAAGCGCGCAACAAGGCCGGCGCAUGCAACGAGUUUUACGGCGACAACACCGACUGGAGCUCCAUGUACAAGUGCAUCCAGCGCGCUCUGAGCCCGCGCAACGUGGUACAACCGUCCCGGACGACGGCCCUCGUCAUUGGUGCAGGAGGCAUGGCACGUGCCGCCAUCUAUGCGCUCAUCCGGCUUGGCUGCCGGCAUAUUUUUAUUUACAACCGGACGCCCCAAAACGCGGUCGAUGUGGCCACGCACUUUGACAACUGGGCGCAGAACCAGGGCCAGAACCAGCCGCUACAAGCCGCCACGAAUGGCACAUCCGGUACCGGUAGCAGCAAGCUGUGCCAUGUCCUGACCUCGAAAUCCGACCCCUGGCCCGCCGAGUUCCAACAGCCGACUAUGAUUGUCUCGUGUGUGCCGGUUGUCAACACCGACGGAAGUCCAGCAGCUGGGUUCGAAAUGCCGCGCCAGUGGCUCAACAGCCCGACAGGUGGUGUCGUUGUUGAGCUCGCUUAUGAACCACUUAUUACGCCUCUUGUGGCACAAAUACAAAACCUCCGUGACACGGUCAACCCGGCGUGGGUCAUUGUGGACGGCCUCGAGGUCGUCAGCGAGAUGGCCAUUGAAGCGUUUGAGCUGAUGACGGACCGAACCGCGCCGAAGCGACUGAUGCGGUCUGUUUGCCGGCAAGCAUGGGACCAGCAGCGGCGUGGCAUGUCGGCGUCUGCGUCAGCGUCGUCGUAUACACUCUCUGCACCAACCACAGUAGAUACCAUGAUGGAUGGGUCGUGA